GGCUAAGCGGGUGGAGGUGAAACCUCCGGCAGGAUCUGAAUGGAAAAAAUGGGAUUGAUCUUUCCAUGAUUGUUUGGUGCCUAAAUUUUUUCCAAGUCUUGUGCAUCAUGCAUGCAUUGAUAGAUGGCUGAUAUCGAUAUUGUAAUUAUCAAUUGUACCACGCAUUAGUCCGAAAUAGCCAUGUCUCGUCUUACCAUCAUCGUUGCUGCAACCAAAAACAACGGUAUUGGGAAAAACUUGCAGCUUCCAUGGCGCCUGCCCAAAGAGAUGUCAUAUUUUGCUCGAGUCACAUCCAAUGCACCAGAGGGAAAGCAGAACGCGGUCAUAAUGGGGCGACAUACCUACGAGAGCAUUCCAACGAAAUUCCGGCCUCUCUCGAAUCGCAUCAACAUCAUUAUCAGUAGAAACGAGGAAUAUGACUUAUCAAUGGACGAUACGCCAGCCUUCCUUGAGUCAGGCUUGCGGCACUCGCUCGAGAGGCUGCUCAGUCUGAAAAACUUAACACACCGUGCUUUCGUUAUUGGGGGUGCAUCCUUAUACUCUGAGUGCCUUCGGCUCUCGCCAUCGUCAAUCAUUCCCUUCGUGGACCGUGUUCUCCUCACGAGAAUUAUCUCACCUAGUUUCGACGAAUGCGAUGUUUUCAUGCCAGAUUUUCUUGCUGAGACCAACGAAGAAGGGGUGUUGAUAUGGGAAAGGGCUACGUACGAUGCAUUGAAAGAAUGGGUGGGGUUUGAGGUCCCAGAAGGAGUGCAGGAAGAAAAGGGAAUCCAAUACGAGUUUCAGAUGUGGAUUCGCCAGGUUUAAUAUACGUGUAUCUGUAUCGACCUUCUGCCAUU